ACGGAGUCUCUUCCUCUGGAUCUCCAACAUAGAAUAUUAAUAAAUUAAGUUUCUCAGAGCUUCAGAAGAGACAGAUCACGAUGAAGACCUGGCUCGGUCUGGUCCUCCUCGGCCUCGUGCUACAAGACGCGGCGGCAGCGACUCACUCUCUGAAGUAUUUCUACACGGCGUCUUCUGGAGUCCCGAACUUCCCAGAGUUUGUGAUUGUUGGGUUGGUCGAUGACGUUCAGAUGUUUCACUGUGACAGCAACACCAAGAGAGCAGAACCCAAACAGGACUGGAUGAGAAGAGUCUCAGAAGGUGAUCCUCAGUACUGGGAGACGCAGACUGGGAUCUGUGUGGGUCAACAGCAGACCUUCAAAGCCAACAUUGAAGUAGCAAAGCAGCGCUUCAACCAAACUGGAGGUGUCCAUAUUUUCCAGUUCAUGUACGGCUGUGAGUGGGACGAUGAGACUGGAGUCGUUAAUGGUUAUUAUCAGUAUGGUUAUGAUGGAGAAGACUUCCUAUCAUUUGACCUGAAGACAGAGACAUGGAUCGCUCCGAAACCACCGGCUGUCAUCACCAAACACAAGUGGGACAAUAACAAAGCUGAGAUAGCUCUGUACAAACACUACAUGACCCAGCAGUGUCCUGAGUGGGUGAAGAAGUAUGUGGACUAUGGGAGGAGCUCUCUGCUGAGAACAGAGCGUCCCUCAGUGUCCCUCCUCCAGAAGUCUCCGUCCUCUCCAGUCAGCUGCCACGCUACAGGUUUCUACCCUGACAGAGCCAUGAUGUUCUGGAGGAAAGAUGGAGAGGAGCUUCAUGAGGACGUGGACCUCGGAGAGAUCCUCCUCAACCACGAUGGAUCCUUCCAGAUGAGUGUAGACCUGGACCUUUCAUCAGUCCCAGCUGAAGACUGGAGGAGGUACGACUGUGUGUUUCAGCUCUCUGGUGUGGAGGAGGACAUCGUCACCAAACUGGACAAAACCAAGAUCAGGACCAACAGAGGAGAGACUUCUGUCAGAGAGAAGCCCGUUUACAUUUACGUCAUCGCUGCAGUGGUCGUUCUCGCUCUCGUCCUCGCUGUGAUCGGAGUCCUAGUUUACAGAAAGAAGAAAGCCAAAUACUCUCCAUCCAAAUGCCCUCCGUCUCCUGACAACAGCUCUGAGCUCUCUGAGAAACUGAAUCCAGAUUCUAAAUCCUAAACCCAUCACCCUGCAGAUGGUUUAUGGAUGCAUGUUGCACUGGAUCAAGCGGCGGAGCCACGUUCUCCUCCAUAAAGUUAUUAUAUUAUUCAUCAUCAGAUCAUAAACUGGUAGAAUCAGGGUUGGGGUUUAGUUGGAGAUGCUCAUUGAUUGGAAGACAGAGAAGACACAUUAGAAAAAAAGGUUGAUAAAUAUUUUCUAAAUAUGAUCAAAAUGAAAUAAUAACAUUAAAUGAUUUGGAUCAUUUAGUUUAAUUUAAAGUGGUGUUUCCUCUGAUAAAAUAUUUAUUUAAAUGUUAAUAAAUUAAAAUGAGGAUGAAUAUUUUUGGAGAGGAGAAAAAAAAAAACUGAUUCAAAUCAAUGAAAGCAUCUCGGCACCCUUCAUACAUGAUAAAGAUUUGUGUGUUUAUCUAAAUUAAAUCCACCAUAGUUACAGUUUGAUUCUUCUGCUGUCGGGCGUUUCUGGUUAAAUUAAUAUUGGUAACACGUUAACGCAUUGGUUACACAUAAUCACACAGACACACAUUCCCAUCUCCAUACAUACACUCCUAGGGUGUGGCAGCCAUAUAAUACAUAAUAUAAUAUAAUAUAAACCUUGAGAUGACAGAGAUCUGUCAGCCAGUAGAGUUUUCUUUACUCUCGGCACGAUGAGAGUUUUACAUCACUGGUGAAUUAUUUUACAACAUGAAAUCAAUGCUACAUAAUAUACAAUGAUAGGUUGUAUCAAUGUUGCCCCCCCCCCCCACACACACACACACAGACACACACACAAUGUUAGCUUCAAUUCAACAUUUAUUUUCCAGUUGUGUAAAUAGUAAGUUUGUAUAUUUCUUUAAAAUUGAAGAUCUGGUUUGGUUCUGUCUUUCAGGUUUGUCUUAAUAAAUCAAGAGUGCAUUGAUGGUUUUUGUUCAUAAUAUAUAUCUUUUGAUCGGUUUGGAAACAUUAUGUUUUAAUUUUAGCUGAGAUAAAAGGUUGUGGGAUGUUUUCAGUUUCUCGGCUCACUGAUAGAAAUGUUCUUGUAAGUAUUUCCUGCUUCUAUUUUGGGACGAGGGACGUUUUCGCUCUUAUUUUUAUAAACGUAAAGAAAUUGAAGAGUGAUUCCAAAAA